GCUGUUCAAGAGUUAGCAGCUCUUGAUUUCCCUUUAAAACAUUGCUCUAUGUUACUGUGAGUCGGUCCAUGUUAACCUGACUUGAAGCUGAUCCUCACUACCAGGAAGCAGUGAGUGUUUGGUGAUAGGCACACUGGAACCCUGCAACUGAUUUCUUUAUAGAUUCAGAUGAGGAGGAGGAAGACGAUGGCAUUGUGGAACUGCCUAUGGAAAGAGAAAAUCUGCCAUUGGUUGAAGAGGAUGUAGCUGUCCUCUUAAAACAAUUCCAAGAGGACAACCUCUCAGGACUAGUGCAAAAGAUCUGCAUCAGAAGGCGAAAGCUUCUGGAUACGGCCAUCAGGGCAAUGUCACGUUUAAGUUUCUCUUGGAAUGACUCACCGGAAAUAGAAUUCUUCGGAGAAGAAGCGGAUGAUAUGGGUGGGCCCCAGCGUGAAUUUUUUCGACUACUAAUGAUUGAAGUACAGUCAACCCUUGGGAUAUUUGAAGGCAGAGCUGGACAAGUAUUCUUUGCUUACGACCAGUCUGCACUUGAACAAAAUAAGUUCUUCCAGGGUGGAAAGCUUAUUGGCUGGUCUUUAGCUCAUGGUGGUCCAGGGAUAAAGGCCCUGGAUCCAAAUUUGUACCAGAUGAUGUGUGGCCAGGAUCCCCCAUUAGAACACUUCAAUCCUUCUCUUUUGCCAGACCCGGACGUGCAGGAAAAACUAAAAAGGGUAACACUCAUUUUUGGUACGUUUUCCCCAUGUAGUGGUGAACUUGGCUAACAAUAAUAUAAUUUGAUUUACGGUUUUACAGUGCCAGACCUGUGAGGAUCUUUCAAUGCUUAAAAGCAACCUGGGAGAGUGGAUUGCAGACUGUAGGUUCCCAGGUGUGUUCAACGCUAAGCUGGAAGAAGUCCCCAAGAUAUACUCCUAUGUAGUGAAACACUACAUUUUCUUGAGGUCAACAAAGAUGAUAAACCAAUUCACUGAGGGAAUCAGCAGCUGCGGAAGACUCUGGGACCUCAUUAAAUGCAACUGGAUUGCAUUUCUCCAAUCUUCACAAACAUGCAAGAACCAAUGUCAAAGGGAGCAUUUAAGG